GCAGUUAUUAAAAGACAGAGCGAAUUAAGCCUGGAUUCUUCCUUGUAUGGAAGUACAGAUGGAAGCACAAAUCAUUCAGUGACAUCCACUCACGAUCUAUAUAGUGUUCCCUUCUCCCAAGAGUAUAAUGAUUUCCCCACACAAGCAGCUGACUUAUUGCAUAAAGUUGGUGACUUAGCCAGUUCCCCUAGUUUGAAGAGAUUUUUUCACAGCAAGGCCGAUGCUUUCCUUUCAAAUGACUACUAUGACUCGGAUAUAGCUUGGAUGGAGUUGGACUCUAAGCUGGAUGUUACUAUUGGGCCAUAUGAAACAUAUGAAGAUGCUCUUUUUGGAUACAAGGAUGUCAAGGGUCCUCAAACUGCUGCAUUUAAUCUACCAAAUGACGAGCGUAUAGUAAAAGAUCGAGGAACAUCAAUGGUCAUGCUUAAGAAUAUCUCAGAGGCUAAGCUCAAGCACAUUCUUCAGCCUAUAGCUGAUGUUUGUAUUACAAAGGAACAACAGGAACUUGUAGAUUUUGAAUCUUUCUUCACUCACACAAUUUGCCAUGAGUGCUGCCAUGGGAUUAGACCUCAUAGCAUAACACUUCCAGAUGGUAGAAAGUCAACAGUGAGAUUGGAACUGCAAGAACUCCACUCAACUCUGGAAGAAGCAAAAGCUGAUAUAGUUGGCCUUUGGGCUUGAAGUUCCUAAUCGACAAGG